AUGUCGCGCAGACUCAUGAACCCGUUCGCAAGCACCUCCCCGUCCUCGACCACCACAAUCACUUACAAUGAGAAACACGAGCUUCCCCGGAGAGCAUCUUCACCAAGGAUAAAGAAAUUUCCCAAUUUCUUUUCAACCUCGCCAAAGUCGAAGAGCGAGACACAGACGGCUACAGCUGCGCUCCUCGCCGCCGCGCAGCAGCAAGCCUUUGUGAAUUCGCCCUCCCAGCAGAUCAGCUCUCCAUCACUGUCAUUACCGACCAUAUCCUUGUCUACAGCUAGGGCAGAUAGUGCGAAUAUGGACGAACCACCAACGACACUGUUCCAGCCACCUUCUCCGGCAGAAGUGCGCAGAAUAGCGAGGCAGCAUGCGCAGUUCGGUCCGCUGGGUCACCACACACAUAGAUAUACCAGCCGCCACCAUGGCGGAGACUUUCCAGAACCGGUCAUGGACGAGCCUCCAUACUACUACUUGCUUACAACGUACAUUAGUUACUUAAUCCUAAUCAUAUUUGGUCACAUUCGAGAUUUCUUCGGCAAGAGAUUUCACAAGGAUCACUACCGGCAUUUGCAAGCCAUUGAUGGCUACGCAGCAUUGAACAACGGCUUCGAUGACUUCUACGUCAGGCGGUUGAAGAUGCGAAUAAAUGACUGCUUUGCAAGGCCAGUCACUGGAGUGCCUGGCAGGUACAUCACACUUAUCGAUCGACAGUCCGACGACCACAAUCUCCACUUCAAGCAUACCGGGACAACGACGGAGACAUUGAACAUGAGCUCGUACAAUUACCUCGGCUUUGCCCAAUCAGAAGGACCUUGCGCCGAUCAAGUCGAAGAGAAUGUGAAGAGGUAUGGUUUGAGCCUUGCAAGUACGCGUGCAGAUGUUGGUACUUCAGAUCUCCAUGUCGAAGUGGAAGACCUGAUUGCGCGAUUCGUUGGGAAACCAUCCGCGAUGGUCUUUUCCAUGGGUUUUGGGACAAACGCAACUGCUUUCCCUGCUCUCAUUGGCAAGGGCUGCCUGGUCAUUUCUGAUGAGCUUAACCAUGCAUCAAUACGCUUUGGUGCUCGUCUAUCCGGAGCGACAAUCACGAUGUUCAAGCAUAACGACAUGAAAGAUCUGGAGAGGCUUCUGAGGGAGGUUAUAUCCCAGGGCCAGCCACGGACACACAGGCCGUGGAAGAGGAUUCUUGUCGUAGUGGAGGGCCUUUAUUCUAUGGAGGGCACAAUGUGCAAUCUACCUGGCUUGAUCUCGUUAAAAAAGAAAUACAAGUUCAAUCUCUUUGUUGAUGAGGCACACUCGAUUGGAGCGCUCGGUCCGAAGGGCAGAGGCGUUUGCGACUACUUCGGUAUCGAUCCCUCCGAAGUCGACAUCUUGAUGGGCACCCUCACGAAAUCCUUUGGCGCCAAUGGAGGAUACGUCGCGGGCGACAAAGCUAUCAUUGACAAGCUCAGACUCACCAAUGCUGGAUCAGUCUAUAAUGAAUCUCCAGCGCCUGCUGUGCUAGCUCAAAUAUCUGCUGCCCUAAGGAUCAUCAGUGGCGAAUUUGUUCCAGGUCAGGGCGAGGAACGUCUUCAGCGAUUGGCGUUCAAUUCACGGUAUCUCCGACUUGGGUUGAAACGCCUUGGGUUCAUCGUUUCUGGUCACGACGACUCUCCGAUCAUACCUGUCCUCCUCUACAAUCCUGCCAAGAUGCCAGCUUUCUCACAUGAGAUGCUCAAGCGCAAGAUUUCGGUUGUGGUUGUCGGCUACCCAGCUACGCCGCUCGUUGCAUCGAGAGCCAGAUUUUGUGUGUCUGCUGCACACACAAAAGAUGAUCUGGACAGACUGCUUGAAGCCUGCGACGAGAUCGGUAACGUUCUGCAGAUCAAGUUCUCGUCUGGGAUUGCUGGUGGUGCUGAGCCACUUCCGGAAGGAAUCACACCAGAGAUGGAGAAGGAGUGGAGGCGGACCGAAAAGGGUGGGCCACACGGCGAACUGGUCUACCAGCCGCCACGAUGGAAAUUGGACGAGGUGCUGAAGAGGGGCGUGCAAGAUGUCAAGAGCCCGCUGAGGUGA